AUGUACUUCAAGCCUUGGGCUGUAUGCCUUAUUUUGGGCCGGCUAAUCUCAGCCCUGGCCAUUCCCCGAGCAGUGACAACGGAAGCUCCCUCGCCAACCUUGGUCUGCUCUGAUAUCACCAGCACGCGAUGGGGAAUUGCAACGACCGUCCCUGAUUUCCAGAGCAUGUAUAGCUCCAUUAACGACAAGUACUACACUCAGGAUCACACUUGGACUGGCUCUGUCAUCCCCGUCUACACCACUGUGUACUACAGGUCCGGGACACCUAGACUGACAGCUUAUGGCUAUAUCCAAUCGGAUAUUCUGGAGGCAGAAGGGUAUCGCAUCACGUCGUCGGUCACAACAGUGCCCCAGUGCAGCACCACAACAACCGUCCAGGUGCCUCCUUCACCCACUGGUUCUAUGUGUAGCUUGCAUAUUGAUCACUGGCAUUGUGAGCCGUACCCAAGCACCACCGUGAGCGAGGCUUCGGGAGAGACUACGGCAGAAGCUACUUGCUCUCCUCACGGAGAUCACUGGCAUUGCCCUCCAGGUGUGCCUGAGCCGACCAAACCGCCAACUACAUCUUCGACAGAAAUACCAGAUGGGCCAAAGGACACCGCAACUGUUGUGGGGACCUGCUCUCCCCACGGAGAUCACUGGCAUUGUCCUCCGGGUGUACCAGAGCCAACCACACCUCCAACCACAUCGCCCACAGAGGAACCCGAGGAACCAAAAGACACCACAACUGCUGUAGGAACCUGCUCUCCUCAUGGAGAUCACUGGCAUUGCCCUUCAGGCGUGCCCGAGCCAACAACACCACCGAUUACAUCACCAACGGAGGAGCCUGAAGAGCCAAAUGAGACUCGCACGACGCAAAAGCCCGAUGGCCCCAAAACAUCUACAACAAGUGCAGGGUCCUGUUCUGCUCAUGGUGAUCAUUGGCAUUGCCCUCCAGGUGUACCCGAGCCCACGACGCCGCCAUCAGAGGAGCCAACGGAUACGCCCGCGACCCAGAAGCCUGAGGGGCCCAAAACAACGAUGGCAAAUGGGGGUACUUGUUCUGCUCACGGAGAUCAUUGGCAUUGUCCUCCAGGUGUACCUGAGCCAACAACACCGCCGACCACAUCGCCAACAGGGCAACCUGAAGAGCCCGAACAGCCAAAAGUUACGACGACAGCUGCAGGAACUUGUUCUCCUCAUGGAGAUCACUGGCAUUGUCCAGAUGGUGUGCCCGAGCCAACCUCACCACCCAACUCUGCAGGCGGCGAUGAUGAUGCUUCCGAAGAGUGCGUGGCUCAUGGGGACCAUUGGCAUUGCCCAGAGGGCGUCGAAGAGCCCCCGUAUGCUCCCGGCCAGGAACCAAAUGCCGACGGGUCUAACCAUACCGGGGAUUCUGAGGGCUCCGAAGAUUCCGACGGUGCUGCAGGGUGUGUUGCACACGGAGAUCAUUGGCACUGCCCUGAAGGUGUUGAGGAGCCCGUGUAUGCCCCUGGGGAUGACUCUAGCAAUGCUGAAAAUUCCGAGGAUUCUGGAGAGUGUGAGGCUCAUGGUGACCACUGGCACUGCCCAGAAGGUACCGAGGAGCCUCCAUAUGCUCCUGGCGAGGAGCCCAUUGUUGAUGAAACUGCCGGAGAGUGCACUGCACAUGGAGACCACUGGCAUUGCCCUGACGGUGUCGAGGAGCCGCCCUAUGCUCCUGGUGAUGAGCCCAGUGACGCCGACGACUCUGAAGUUAUUGGGGAGUGUGAGGCUCACGGUGACCACUGGCACUGUCCUGAGGGUGUUGAGGAGCCCCCUUAUGCUCCUGGGGAGGAACCCAGUGACACUGAGGAUUCCGAAGCUAUUGGAGAGUGUGAGGCUCAUGGUGACCACUGGCACUGCCCUGAUGGUGUCGAAGAGCCUCCUUACGCCCCCGAUGAUGAAUCAAGCAGUGAUUCCGAGAGUUCCGAGGAUGGCGGAGAGUGUGUUGCCCAUGGAGAUCACUGGGACUGUCCAGAAGGCGUUUCUGAGCCUACCACGCCUCCAACUGCAGCUGCUUCCUCAACUAUAAUCACGACAACAAAGCAGACCAGUGAGCCAACGGCGCCUCUGGUUAUAACCAGUGGGAGUGUAGGACAGGCUACGGCGACAAAGUACAUGGCUCUCAUUCUUGCUUUCGGCUUCGGAGCUCUGCUCGUUUAA